UCUUCUUCACUUCUCUAACAGUAGCGCCAAAAUUCAUCACCAAGAUCGAAGCUUUCUUCAAUGGAAGAAGAAACCCACGACGGAUCUCUCGAUCUCCAAGAGAUUCGCAGUCGCGUUAAAGAGCUCGAGUUCGUUCACCGGAAUUGCAGAGACGAGCCUGGAGAAUCAUGUAGUUCCGAUUCCGAGACUCUGGUCCAAGAUUUUGUUCUUCAGUUUGAACCAAAGGUGAAAGAGAUUGUUGAAGAUUACAGUGAUCUUGAUUUAUUGGAUGUUGAAGAUUCAGAUGCUUACUUGGAGUAUUUGAGAAAGGAGCUUCAUUCUGUGGAGGCUGAAAGUGCCAAGGUUUCUGAAGAAAUUGAACGUCUUUCUAAGUCUCAUGCCCAAGAUUCUACUAGGCUGGAAAGAGAUCUUGAAGGUCUUCUAUUGUCUCUGGAUUCUAUGUCAUCUCAGGAUGUGGAGAAGUUAAAAGAGAAUCAACCAUCUAGCAGCUCAAUGGAAGUAUGUGAAGUGAAUGAUGAUGACAAGUUUAAGAUAUUUGAACUCGAAAAUCAGAUGGAGGAGAAAAGGAUGAUUCUUAAGUCAUUGGAAGAUCUGGAUUCUUUACGUAAAAGGUUUGAUGCUGCAGAACAAGUUGAGGACGCAUUGACAGGCUUGAAGGUGCUCGAGUUUGAUGAAAACUAUAUUAGGCUCCAACUGCGAACAUAUAUUCCAAAACUAGACGGCUUGCUUGGACAGCACAAAUUUGAACACACUACUGAGCCAUCUGAAUUGAUCCAUGAAUUGCUAAUAUACCUGAAGGAUAAAACUACAGAGAUAACAAAAUUUGAGAUGUUUCCAAAUGAUGUAUACAUAGGAGACAUCAUCGAGGCAGCUGAUUCUUUCAGGCAGGUAAGGUUACACUCUGCAGUGCUAGACACAAGAUCUUCAGUCCAGUGGGUUGUCGCCAAAGUGCAAGAUAGAAUUAUUUCAACCACUUUGAGGAAAUAUAUUGUGACGAGUUCGAAAACAAUCAGGCACACGUUCGAAUACUACGACAAAGAUGAAACAAUUGUGGGUCAUAUAGCUGGAGGUAUUGAUGCAUUUUUAAAGGUCUCAGAUGGUUGGCCACUGUUGAAUACCCCAUUGAAGCUUGAAUCUCUCAAGAACUCUGACAAUCAGUCAAAGGGAAUUUCUCUAAGCCUUAUCUGCAAAGUUGAGGAUCUAGCUAAUUCCUUGGAUUUACAGACCCGACAAAACUUAUCAGGCUUCAUGGAUGCUAUUGAGAAAAUACUUGUCCAGCAAACCCAUCGUGGUUCUGCUGCUGCUGGUAAGCCCUUUUGGAUGAAACAUGCGGAAGAUGCAAAAAUUAAAGACGAAGGAGAGAAAGACGCUGCGGCAAAAGCAGCUUUUGAAGCUACAUUCAAAGGUGUAGACCAAACUACACAUUUGAUUGAAGCUGUUGCACCGGUACCGGAAUCUGCACCGGAAUCUGAUAGUGAUUCUGAUGAUGAUGAUGACGAAUCUGAUUACUUAUCUAGGAAACCAAUUGGUCCUGUGGAUCCUAGUAAGUCUACAGCUUCUGGUGCUGGUAUUGGUGGUGGAACGGCUUGUGUUCCGUCUACGUUUGUUGUUGUAACUAAGGAUUCUGAUGGGAGGAAAGUUCCUAAUGGUGGAGCUUUGAUUAGAGUUAAAGUGUGUCCUGGUGUUGGUGUUGGUGGUACUGAUCAAGAAGGUGUUGUUAAAGAUGUUGGUGAUGGGAGUUAUGCUGUUACUUAUGUUGUGCCUAAGAGAGGAAACUAUAUGGUUAAUAUUGAAUGCAAUGGGAGUGCUAUCAUGGGAAGUCCCUUUCCUGUCUUCUUUAGCCAAGGGUCUUCUUCGACUGGACUGAUGGGUUCUGCUCCAGCUUCAUACUCGAAUCUUAUAAAUCAAACUAUGCCAAACAUGCCUAAUUACACUGGUUCUGUUUCGGGGGCUUUCCCGGGACUUUUGGGAAUGGUUCCAGGCAUUGCAUCUGGUCCUUCAGGUGGUGCUAUUUUGCCUGGAGUUGGAGCUUCGCUUGGGGAAGUCUGUCGGGAAUAUCUUAAUGGUAGAUGUGUGAACUCUAUGUGCAAGUUAAACCACCCUCCUCAGAAUCUGCUGAUGACUGCUAUAGCUGCAACGACAAGUAUGGGUAAUAUGAGUCAGGUGCCUAUGGCUCCUUCUGCUGCAGCAAUGGCUGCUGCUCAGGCCAUUGUUGCUGCACAGGCCCUUCAAGCUCAUGCUUCUCAGAUGCAAGCACAGGCUCAAUCAAACAAGGGAUCUUUAGGUUCCCCAGAAAAAGGAGAAAACGGGGAUUCAUUGAAGAAAUUUCUCCAAGUUAGCAACCUAAGUCCAUCGCUUACAACUGAACAACUUAGGCAGCUAUUUAGCUUCUGUGGCACAGUAGUUGACUGUAGUAUAACUGAUUCAAAGCAUCUUGCCUACAUAGAAUACUCGAAUUCCGAAGAAGCAACAGCUGCUUUGGCAUUAAACAAUACGGAAGUCUUUGGUAGACCAUUGAAUGUUGAGAUUGCAAAAUCGCUACCUCACAAACCAUCUUCAAAUAAUUCUUCGUCCUCAUUACCACUGAUGAUGCAACAGGCCGUCGCGAUGCAGCAGAUGCAAUUCCAACAGGCUAUACUAAUGCAACAAGCCGUGGCUACUCAGCAGGCAGCAAAUAGAGCUGCCACAAUGAAGUCUGCCACUGAGCUUGCAGCAGCUAGAGCUGCAGAGAUAAGUAGGAAACUGAGACCUGAUGGAGUUGGAAAUGAUGAAAAAGAAGCUGAUCAGAAGUCUAGGUCACCAUCUAAGUCUCCUGCAAGGUCGAGAUCAAAGUCAAAAUCACCAAUAAGUUACAGGCGAAGACGGAGAUCUCCGUCCUAUUCACCACCGUUUCGUCGCCCAAGAAGUCAUAGAUCGAGAUCACCAUUAAGAUAUCACCGGCGAUCAACUUAUGAAGGGAGAAGGCGGUCAUAUAGAGAUUCUAGGGAUAUUUCUGAAAGUAGGAGAUACGGUAGAUCAGAUGAACACCAUUCUUCCAGUUCAAGGAGAAGUAGGAGUGUAAGCCCCAAAAAGAGAAAAUCUGGACAAGAAGAUUCAGAGCUGUCAAGACAUCGACGCAAUAGCUCAUCACGUGGAGAUAAGAAAUCAUCUCGUGCUGGUUCACGAUCACCGAGGCGACGUAAGGAAGUUAAGUCAACCCCAAGAGAUGAUGAAGAAAACAAACUCAAACGUAGAACACGGUCAAGAUCUAGAUCAGUGGAAGAUUCUGCAGAUAUGAAGGAUGAAUCUAGAGAUGAGGAAUUGAAACAUCACAAAAAGCGGUCGAGGUCAAGAUCUCGUGAAGAUAGGAGUAAAACCAGAGACACGUCUCGAAAUUCUGAUGAAACUAAACGGAAACACAGGCGGAGGUCUAGGUCCAGAUCAUUAGAAAACGACAAUGAUUCUGAUGAGAAGGUUGAUGUUGCUCAAGACGGUGACCUGAAUUCCCGUCACAGUAGGCGCAGGUCAAAAUCGUUGGACGAGGACUAUGAUAUCAAAGAAAGGAGGGGAAGGUCCAGGUCUAGAUCAUUGGAAACGAAAAACAGGUCUUCUGGGAAAAAUAAGCUGGAUGAAGACAGAAACACAGGAUCACGUCGAAGGAGGUCCAGGUCAAAAUCAGUGGAAGGUAAGCAUAGUUAUAACAAGGAAACUCGGAGCAGAGACAAAAAGUCCAAGCGUCGUAGUGGAAGACGGUCGAGGUCACCAUCAUCUGAGGGUAAGCAAGGGAGAGAUAUGAGGUCAUCCCCUGGAUAUUCUGAUGAAAAAAAAUCGAGACAUAAGCGGCACUCCAGGUCAAGAUCAAUAGAGAAAAAGAACAGUUCAAGAGAAAAAAGGUCAAAACGUCAUGAAAGAUUGCGGUCAUCAUCUCCUGGAGGUGACAAAAGGCGGGGCGAUAGAUCAUUAUCUCCUGUUAGUUCAGAAGAUCAUAAGAUCAAGAAAAGACACUCUGGAUCCAAAUCUGUGAAAGAGAAACCCCGCUCAGAUUAUGAGAAAGUUGACGAUGGAAAUGCAAAUUCAGAUUCUAGUCCGCUGGAAAGGAAUCUUGAAGGUCUUUUAUUGUCACUGGAUUCAAUGUCAUCACAGGAUGUGGAGAAGUCAAAAGAGAAUCCACCAUCUAGCAGCUCAGUGAAAAUAGGUGAUGCAAAUGAUGAUGAGAAGUUUAAGGUGCGAUUGAGGAGAAAAGGAUUAUUCUCAAGUCAUAGGAAGAUCUGGAUUCUAUACGUAAAAGGUUUGAUGCUGCAAAACCGUGAAGAACUCCAUCCCAAAGAAUCCUCCCAAAAGUGAGUACCAAGAACCACCUCGACUCCACAACUUAGCGUUUCCUGAAGAGUUAGUGCGGCUUUUCUUUCGUUUUGAACUCCUGAAUGUGUUCUUGGUUUGUCGUCAGCAACUCUUUGUUGUAAUAACUUUGGCAUUUUCUG